CCGUUUAAGGACACAAAAUUCAAAAUCAGAUAACACCCCAAAACAAACAACCAAAUUGAGACCACCAGCACAGCAAUAUACAACCACUAGCAUCUAACCUCAACAAUCGGAAGAAAAGAUCAUUUGGAAAAAAGAAAAAGAAGCACGUUAAAAUCUUGAAAUCACAGCUCUGGCAACCCACAAGUAUCCUCAAGAAACCAAGAAAUCAUCAUCGAGAAUGGUGUACACAUACACACCAACAUACUACUCGACUCUACACGACUCUAUCACUUCUCUCUGCAAGACUAUCCUUCCUUUCUCUUUCAAGAAAAGGAGAUUGCCUGCUGCAGAACAAAAACUGUCGAAGCUGCAAUCUGAUAACUUGAAAUGGCAGCAAGAUUCUUACCACCAGAUCUUGAACUUGAUGGGCCUUCAUAAAGAAGGGAUUUUGGCUGAGAGUGAGGUCUCGGCUUUUCGAACUCAUUUGCUUGAGACCCUUCUUGCUUCUCCAGCUGAGCAAGAGCAGCCACUCAUUUUGAGAGAUAAGUUGAUCUUCUUGCAGGAACUGCUUUAUGCAAAAUGUAUAUCAGAAGAUGAGUACCAUUCUUCAAAAAGACCUUUGUUACAGAGGUUGGCUUUUCAAGGAGCAGAAAUUGAGCCAAGGGAUGUUAUUGUAGCUGGCCCAAAAGACCUAAAGGAAAAUCCAGAAGAGGAAUGGUCAGUUAUUGACUUAAAAGAUGAGAAAUGCUUGGUUACUAAAGAAAAUUUUCCUUCAAAAAACAGACCAAAGCCCAACUCAGCAAUCAAGCAGAUUAAAGGAGCUGCCACAAUCUUUGGCUUUGGAUCAUCACACAAGCAAGCAAGACAUAGAGAGGGGAAGAGUAUAUUUGAAAUUGAAGCAAAAUUCUCCUCCACUAACAAUGAUACAGAAAACCCACUUUGGGAUAGUGAUUCGAGAAAUAAAGCAAGUGAAUCAAAGUCAAUUCUCAUGCAAGGAAGCUUACCGAAUGAGUCUACAAAGGAAAGUGGAAGUACUGACAAUACAAAGAGGAAACCCUUUAAGGCUCUCUUCCUAAAAGAGCAGAGGGAAGCUCAUGGUGGCAGCGGUGAUACUGGUGGCGGCGGUGGUGAAAACUGUCUUAAUUCUGGGGAGAAAAUAUCGAAAUCUGCUAAAAAGCAAUGGGGUUUUGAAGGGUUUAAGAAAUGGAAGAAAAAUGAUUCUGAUGAUGAGACUGCUCCUCUGCCUCUCAAUAAUGAAAGAUCAGACAGCGACUCUUAUUUAGGACCUUCCCGCCUUGUUUAUAGUCCUAUUGGAGAAGGACCAGACACUAAACUGAUUAAGAGGAAGCUGCAUUCUAAUGGUUCUCCUUCAGAUUUUUUCAUUGACAAGGUUUUAGGUGACAAGAUAAAAAAAGAAUUAUCAAGAAUUCAAACAGAACUCUGCACCACAAGCCCGAGUCUUAAAUUCUCGGAUGACCAAAUGGAAGCAAUUUCCACCAAGCUUCCAGUUGACAAGGCUGACCUGAAACAAUUCUUUCCCAAUUCAUGGUGUGAUCGGUAUGGUGAUGUCGUAUUGGAUGUGGUGAAGAAAGAGUUCAAAGACCAUGUUGGAGAAAUGGAGAACAAGAGAAAUGCUGCAAGAGAGAAACACAACAGCAACUCAAUGCGAUGGACUACAUUCGAAGAAGAUGAUAAUGAGAAUUGUCAUCCAAAUCUCUUUGCCUGCAACAACAACAAUAAUGGUUAUACUGGCAGCAGCAACAAGUACUACGAAAAUAAUCCCUUCUUCCAUGAUCCUAGUGAACUCAAUGAAAUCAAGCAUAGAUCCCAAUCAUCCCCUUUCCAAGAUCAGAAUCCAUUUUGGUCACCAAGGCAAGGCUCUUCUUUCUUGGGUUAGAAGGAACAUUUGGUUGCUUUUUGUAAGGGGUAUUCCUUGAAAGUAUAGGUGGGUGGAUUGUAAUAUGUCUAAAGCAGGCAGCAUUAUUAGCUGUCGUUUUCUUUUCUGUCCUGUUGAAAAAGUGGUCAUGUAUGAACACCAAAAGAAGAACACUGUUCUUCUAUAUAAGCAUUUUUUUGUUGCACUGGAUUUGGACAAGUCCCUGCAGAAAUGUAUCAAGUUUCUCAAGCAUCUAAUGUAGAAAGUUAGCUCUGCCUAGACGGUAUUUGUGUCAUAGAUACCAUUAUCCAGAGACAAAUUAAUUUUCUUAGAAGAAAUUAUAUCCAGAGAGUAUUUUCUGU